CGGGUUCCGAAUCGAAGGCCUUGCGGACAAAAGUGAAGCCUGCAGCUCGGCGUCUGCCGAGAGAUGCCACUGCACAAGUACCCGCCCAAGAUCUGGGCUGCUCUGCGGCUUAAGCAAGGGAUCCAAGCACGGCUGCCUGCUCAUUAUCUCCGCUCCCUCAAUGAGAACCAGGAGCCCACGCCCGUUCACUUUAAACCACAUGGGGUUAAAUAUAAGCGGAACCCACGUACUGGGCAACAAGAGCGAGUACAAGAUAUUCCGAUUCCCAUCUACUUUCCCCCAGAAUCGCAGCGUGGAUUGUGGGGAGGAGAGGGCUACAUACAAGGGUUCAGAUACGCCAACAAUGACAAGCUCUCCACUCGACUGGGGAAAACGUGGAAGCCACAGAUCUUUGUGCGGAAGCUUUACAGUGAAAUCCUGGACACGACCUUCAACAUCCCAGUGACUAUGCGGACAAUGGACCUGGUGGAUGCUUGCUAUGGCUUUGAUUUCUACAUCCUGAAGACGCCAAAGGUCGACCUGAAUUCAAAGCUGGGGAUGGAUCUGAAACGUGCGAUGCUGCUGAGACUCGCUCGCAAGGACACAGAGCUUUACCCUGACGAUCCAGUGAAACGGGAGCAUAUCUAUGAUAAGUACAAGGAAUUUGUGAUUCCUGAAGAGGAGGCAGAGUGGGUCGGCCUGAGUCUGGAGGAAGCUGUGGAGAAGCAGAGGUUGUUGGAGAAAAAGGACCCAGUGCCGCUGUUUAAAGUUUAUGCUGAGGAACUCGUCCAGCAACUUCAGAUGCAACAACUGUCAGAACCAGUGAUCGUAGAAAAGGUGUCGUAACUGAGCAUGGGGUUCUUAUCGUCUACAGAGCAGUAGGUUAUGAGGCCAGUGAAACAUCUCUUUUUGGCAAAACUUACUGCCCGACAGUGACUGAGUACAGAUGAACCUGCCUCAAUGGGCAGUGUUUAAAGUGACUUUAUGAAAUAUUCAUCAGAACUAAUCACCCUAGCCGAACGUGAGUUUUUGUAAUAUGUGUAAGACAGACUGUGCAACAUGAUUGCUAAAUAACUUC